ACCCACUGUAACGCUCCCCUUCCUGCCCCCCAGCUGCCUGGGCACCGCUUCCUCGCUUCCUGAGCUCAUCAAAUAUUGAGGGCAGGAGGGCUGACGGGAGCCAGCUCCGCGCCCGCCGCCUCGCAGCCCCCCGCCGUCACGUUGGCGGGGCGGCAGCGUGUGGGCGCGCGGGAGGAGCUCCCCGCCUCGCCCAGGGCGCCGGCUAAAUUUAGGCAGCUGGCGCGGCUGCCCACCAGAGCAGCAUGCAGGUCUCCUUUGUGUGCUCCGAGCACAGCAUCAAGAGCCGGAGCGCGGAGGACCGGCUGAACCGUCAGAAUGCCGGCAGCCCCAGCCUCGGCACCCGCGGCAAGUUCCGGGCGGUGGCCAUGGUGGCCCGCAGCCUGGGGCAGCUCUCGGUGCAGAACGCCCCCUCCUCCAGCGAGUCCAGCGUCAAGCAGCCGGGGAUGAAAUACCGGAACCUCGGGAAAUCUGGGCUGCGCGUGUCCUGCCUGGGCCUGGGGACAUGGGUGACUUUUGGCGGGCAAAUCACAGAUGAGAUGGCAGAGCAGCUGAUGACUUUAGCCUACGACAACGGCAUUAAUCUCUUCGACACGGCAGAAGUCUACGCCGCUGGCAAGGCCGAGGUCGUGCUGGGGAACAUCAUCAAGAAGAAGGGGUGGAGACGGUCCAGCCUGGUCAUCACCACCAAAAUCUUCUGGGGAGGAAAGGCCGAGACGGAGAGGGGCCUGUCCCGAAAGCACAUCAUAGAAGGUCUCAAGGCGUCGCUGGAGCGGCUGCAGCUGGAGUACGUGGAUGUGGUAUUCGCCAACCGUCCCGAUCCCAACACGCCGAUGGAAGGGGACCCAUUUAGUUCCUCCAAGUCCAGGACUUUCAUCGUAGAAGAGACGGUGCGAGCCAUGACCCACGUCAUCAACCAGGGGAUGGCCAUGUACUGGGGGACCUCACGCUGGAGCUCCAUGGAGAUCAUGGAGGCGUACUCGGUGGCCCGGCAGUUCAACCUGAUCCCGCCGAUCUGCGAGCAGGCUGAGUACCACAUGUUCCAGCGGGAGAAGGUGGAGGUGCAGCUCCCUGAGCUCUUCCACAAGAUAGGCGUCGGAGCCAUGACCUGGUCCCCGCUGGCCUGCGGCAUCGUCUCGGGGAAGUACGACGGGGGGAUCCCUCCCUACUCCCGCGCCUCACUGAAGGGAUACCAGUGGCUGAAGGACAAGAUCCUGAGCGAGGAGGGCCGGCGGCAGCAGGCGAAACUGAAGGAGCUGCAGGCCAUCGCCGAGCGCCUGGGCUGCACCCUGCCCCAGCUCGCCAUCGCCUGGUGCCUGCGCAACGAAGGCGUCAGCUCCGUCCUGCUGGGUGCCUCCAACGCCGACCAGCUGAUGGAGAACAUUGGAGCAAUACAGGUCCUUCCGAAGCUGUCGUCUUCCAUCGUCCACGAGAUCGAUAGCAUCCUGGGCAACAAACCCUACAGCAAGAAGGACUACAGAUCCUAAGCGCGCACCCAAGCGUGCCGCCCGCUGCACAGCCCUCGCCGCCCGUUCGCUUGCUUACGCUUUGUUGGAGCAAAGUGGAGAGUGUGGUUUGCACCGCGAGCCCAAGGCGCCGCGAGCGCCGAGAGCCAGUGCUCCACGCCCGCGCUGCCCCGGACCAUCGUACCGCCGCCACCCGGCGUGGCUCUGGAGCGCAGGGACGGCCGCCGGCGGGGAGCGCGCCAGGGCGAGCCCCGAGCCGCCCGGCCGCCCUGCCCACAGCCACCGUGGGCGCCGCCGGCACGGCGCGGGGGCCUGUUGCAUGCGUCGCGCCCGCCCGCCGCGCUGCUGGAGGUGGUGGGCGCGGGGGCGGGUGCGGGGGCGCGAGCGGGUGCUGUACGCCCACGAGGCCGACAACACGAAGCUGUUCCCCA